GUCAUUCAGACAGCGGUUACAGCAGUGACUCUGUGCGGCUUCAUCCGUCGCUUGUGCCGGCCUGAAGAGCUCUGAUGGCGGCUCUGCUGUCCGUUUCUCUCCGCGGCGCCGCGCGGGCUGUACUGCGCUUCCAGACCGCGAGGAUCCGGAGCUGCGCCGCUUAUCCGCCGUUUUCAGGUCUGAAUGGUGUUUCUCCACUCCGCUCUGCAGGAAAGCGCUUCACGUUCCCUCUGUCCUGUUACUCCACAGACGCCCCGAAAGAUGCUCCGCCCCCUGGAGGAGGAGGACGGAGAGGCGGGAGGAAGAGCUGGCCUGCUCGAUUAGCACAGGGUGAUUUCCCGUGGGAUGAUCGUGAUUUCCGGCAUCUUCUUCUGGCUGCCAGCGGUGUGGCGGCGCUGCUGCUGUAUCUGCUCUUCAGAGACCCGGGGAAGGAGAUCACCUGGAAGGACUUCGUGCACCGCUAUCUGGACAGAGGCCUGGUGGAGCGGCUCGAGGUGGUCAAUAAGCAGUUUGUGAGGGUGAUUCUGGAGCGUGACGCCGACGCUAAUGAAGGAAGUUACGUGUGGUUCAACAUCGGCAGCGUGGACACGUUCGAGAGGAAUCUGGAAGCUGCACACUAUGAGCUGGGCCUGGAGCCGUCACACAGAGCAGCGGUGGUGUACACGUCUGAGAGCGACGGGUCUUUUCUGAUGAGCUUCAUACCCACGCUGCUGCUGAUUGGCUUCCUGCUGUUCACUCUGCGGCGUGGACCAAUGGGAGGAGGGAUGGGCGGCCGUAGGGGCGGGCUCUUCGGCAUGAGCGAAUCAACCGCCAAGAUGAUGAAGGACAGCAUCGAGGUGAAGUUUAAAGACGUGGCGGGAUGUGAAGAAGCCAAAGUGGAGAUCAUGGAGUUCGUCAACUUCCUGAAGAACCCGCAGCAGUACCAGGACCUGGGAGCCAAGAUCCCCAAGGGUGCAGUUCUCUCCGGGCCUCCAGGAACAGGGAAGACGCUGCUCGCUAAAGCCACGGCGGGAGAAGCAAACGUUCCCUUCAUCACCGUCAACGGCUCCGAGUUCCUGGAGAUGUUUGUGGGAGUCGGUCCAGCCAGAGUUAGAGACAUGUUUGCGCUGGCGAGGAAGAACGCGCCCUGUAUCCUCUUCAUCGACGAGAUCGACGCCGUGGGCAAGAAGAGAGGAGGAGGAAACUUCGGUGGAAACAGUGAACAGGAGAACACACUCAAUCAGCUGCUGGUGGAGAUGGACGGUUUCAACUCGAGCACUAAUGUAGUGGUUCUGGCUGGAACAAACAGACCUGAUGUGCUGGAUCCGGCACUGAUGAGACCCGGCAGGUUCGACAGGCAGAUUUACCUGGGGCCUCCUGAUAUUAAGGGCCGAGCCUCCAUUUUCAGAGUGCAUCUGCGGCCCCUCAAACUGGACCCCAGUGUGGACCGGGAUGCCAUAGCCAGAAAAAUGGCAGCUGCUACACCGGGCUUCACCGGUGCUGAUAUUGCGAAUGUCUGUAAUGAAGCGGCUCUCAUUGCUGCACGAUAUCUGAAUGAGUCCGUCACUCUUAAACACUUCGAGCAGGCCAUCGACAGAGUCAUCGGAGGUCUGGAGAAGAAGACUCAAGUAUUACAGCCCACUGAGAAAAAGACGGUAGCCUAUCAUGAAGCAGGACAUGCUGUUGUGGGCUGGUUUCUGCAACACGCUGACCCAUUACUAAAGGUGUCCAUUAUUCCUCGAGGGAAAGGCCUGGGCUAUGCGCAGUAUCUGCCCAAAGAGCAGUAUUUAUACACGCGAGAGCAACUGUUUGACCGCAUGUGUAUGAUGUUAGGAGGACGAGUGGCAGAGCAGGUGUUCUUCAACAGGAUCACCACUGGAGCUCACGACGACCUGAAGAAGGUCACGCAGUCGGCAUAUGCUCAGAUCGUGCAGUUCGGCAUGAGCGAGCGGGUGGGUCAGGUGUCCUUCGAUCUUCCCAGGCAGGGCGAGACAGUCCUGGAGAAGCCCUAUAGCGAGGCCACGGCGGAGCUCAUCGAUGAGGAGGUGCGGGAUCUGGUGGAUCGGGCCUAUAGGAGGACACUGGAGCUCGUCACUGAGAAGAGGGAGCAGGUGGAGAUGGUUGGAAAGCGUUUGCUGGAGAAAGAGGUUCUAGACAAAGCUGAUAUGCUGGAGCUGCUGGGAGCGAGACCCUUCGAGGAGAAAUCCACCUAUGAGGAGUUUGUGGAGGGAACGGGCAGCUUCGAGGAGGACACCAGCCUGCCCGAGGGCCUGAAGGACUGGAACCAGGAGCGCAGAGGGGAACCUGAGGAACCUACAGACUCACAGGAGCAAAGAGCAGCUUAAACAAACACCUCCUCAAAGCUGGAGACCGCCUUAAAGAGGAGGAGUCUAUAGAAACGAGGAGGAGUCUUUAUUAGAGGAAGGGAAGUCUUCAUAAAAAUAGGAGGAGUCUACAUACGAGGAGGAGUCUUUGUGAAAGGGAGUCUUCUUAAAAUAGGUGGAGUCUACAUAAUAGAGGAGGGGUCUUCAUAAUAUGGGAGGAGUCUACGCAAUAGAGGAGGAGUUUUCAUAAUAGACGAGGAGUCUUCAUUAUAAAUAGGCGGAGUCUUCAUAAAAGAUGAGGGGUCUACAUAAUAGAGGUGGAGUCUUUAUAAAAAUUGGGAGGAGUCUUCAUAAAAGAGGAGGAGUCUACAUAAUAGAGGUGGAGUGUUUAUAAAAGAGGAGUCUACAUAUGAGGAGUCUUUGUAAAAGGGGAGUCGUCUUCAUAAAAUAGGUGGAGUCUACAUAAAAAAGGAGGGUUCUUCAUAUCUGUAAUGAAGACUCCUCCUCUAUUAUGUAGACUAGGCGGAGUCUGCAUAAAAAAGGAGUCUUCACAAUAGAGGAGUCUUCAUAAGAAGAGGUGGAGUGUUUAUAAAAAUUUGGAGGAGUCUUCAUAAGAGAAGAGGAGUCUGCAUGAUAGAGGUGGAGUCUAGAUAAAAGAGGAGGAGUCUUCAUAAGAGGAGGAGUGGACAUUUUGUUGGCAUUUGCAUUUCGCUUCCCUUGUUGAUUCAAACAGGGGACUUUUACUGAGUUUGAAAUGCCUUAAUACUGUAUGUGCGUUAUAUAUUGGCAUAUUUGAUGCCAGAUAUGAACUUUUGACGCUCAACACCGUGAACUCUUUAUGCAAGAUCUUAUUAGUUAUUUUUUAUCCUUUGAUUUCUGCUGUUAAAUCCUUUUUAUCUACUCUUACCUUCCUCUUAAAGCGACAGUUCACCCAGAAUGAAUAAUUCUGUCAUUUACUCACACAAACCUUUAUAGGAGCUUCUUUCUUCUGUUGAACACUAAAGGAGAUAUUUUGAAGAAUGUUGGAAACCUGUAACCAUUGACUUCCAUUGUAUUUCCUACUAUAAAACAAGUUAAUGGUUACCAGUUUCUAACAUUCUUCAAAACAUCUUCUUUAGCGUUCAACAGAAGUGGUUGAGUACGUUUUCAUUUUUGCGUGAACUAUAAGUGGAGGAAUCUGUAUAUUUGUACAAUUUUCAUUUGUGUGCUUUAAGAAGAAGAAAAUGUUUUGAAAAAAGAAACUUGUGAUUAUUUAAUUGAAUUAAAGGAGUUUUGUAUA